AUGUUAUAAUUGGUACCUUCUUAUCAUGUUGAAAUGAUGAAAAAUAACUUAAAAACAAAUCAAUAUAUAUUAUAUGAAGCAAUAGAAAGGUAACAAUAUGAAAUUGCUCUAAUUAUAUUGAAUGAGCUACAUUCAAGAUCGAAUUGGAUUAGUGGGAUUUACUUAAUAAUGAAUGGAUAUGAAUUAGAUUAAAAUACCAUAAAUAAAUUUUAGAAAAUAGUAGAAGAGUCAGAUGAAGUUGAGAUGGCAGAAUAUGAGCAAUUAGCAUUAACUUAGAUUUGUUAAUAAAUAAUGAAUAUUGAAAUGAUCAUACUUUUACAUAAAUAUAAUUUAGAUGGGUGGAUUUAAUUAUCCCCCAAGAUCCAUUCAUAUUUAAGGAAAUCUACUCAUCCAUUAAUACCUUAAAUAUAUAUUAACUAUUAUAUUAAGUAAAAUAUAGAAUUAUUGGAACAAAAUGAAUAAUGCUUUAAUGAAGACUUUGUAUGGACAUUAUCUGAUUUUAGAACAUUUUAUUAAUUGAUGCCUACAAAUAUAACACAUCCUUAUUAUUAGCUUAUUUAAAUUUCUAUAUACAUUAGAAUGCUUGAUUUAGAGAAAGUUCCUUGUCCUAUAUCUCCAUAAACUAUUCCUAUUUAAUAUAAAACUAAAUUGGAAGAAAUUCUAAAGAAAUUGAUGCUUUCUCCACAUAAAGAUUGUCUAGAAUUGUAUGUAUGUUGCUUAAUUGAAAUUGGGUUGUUUAGAAUAGUUAUAAGAAAUAUGAAAUCUAAUUUAACUUAAGAAUAGAUCAAUUAAAUAAGAUAAUAAUUCUUAUAAGCAGCCUAAUAAUCAGAUUUUAUUGUAGAUGUUGAAGUCUUUAAAUUUUUAGAUAAUAUUUAAUCAUUUGAACAUAAAAUCAAAUUAGAAGUGUAUAAAAAUAAUCCAUAAUUUUAUGAAAAUAUAGAAUCUUUAAAUGUUUUUGAUGAUCUAUCCAUAAUUAAUGGAUUAAUGCAUAAUUUUAAUAGUAUUGAAAAUUAAUAAGUAUGAAUUAAUAUUUUUAAUUUAGAAAGUUAUUUAAUAGUUAGCCCAAUAUAAUACAAUUUAUUCAUUAAAAGCUAUCUGGCUUUUGCAUAUUGAUGGAGCUCUACUUCAAUUAUUUAAUGAUAAUAAUAAUUUAGAUUUCAAAUUAAAAAAUUUCAAAUGUUUAAAUAUAUUUGAAUAGAUUAAUUAUAAAUAAAAUUUUGAACAUUUAAUUGAGGCCUUAAGAGUAACUGCAAUUUGUAUUUGGACUGAUAGAGAUAUUAAACAAGAAGAAUUAGAAAAUAAAUAAUUGUUAUAUUUUAUUAAAUAGACUAUAACAAGUGAGAAUUGUUAAAAAAUAUUAAAAUUAUUGUUUAGUAUUUCAAGUGGUGUUUUUGAAGAAAUUUGUGAUAUUUAAUAAAUUUAAAUCCAAGUUCCAUACUUUUUAGAAAUAUUGAUAAUUUUACUAUUUGAAUAAAAUGUGGAAAAUUCUUAAAAAUAAUUUUAUUUAUAAUAAUUAGUAAUAUUGACAUAAAAUCUUGAAAAUACUCUUACAAUUAUGAAGAGUUCAUUAGUUGAGAGACUCAUUUUAUUUCUUAGAAUAGAAAGUGUUUAUUAAGAAUUAAUAAUCUAAACAUUAAUAAAUUGUAUUAAAGUAAGAUUUUCAUUGUCAUAUUUAUAAGCAAUUGCUUAAUUUAUGUCCCCAUAUUAAUCUUUAAUUAUGAUACCUUAUAUCGAGGAAAAAUCUAAAUUAAUUUAAUAUAGAAAAAUAGCAUCUAUUUUAGGUGUCCCUCAAUAAUCUAUAUAGUGUGGAUCAGCUUAAUAAUAAAAAUAUUUUUAAGAUUAAAUUGCCAAUUAAGAUCUAUUCUUAAAAAAUUCUACACUUUUGCUUUUUUGUUUAAAUAGAGUGAUUUCAAUUUAAAAUGAUUAAUAUUAUUAUUUUACAGGACAUGAAAGUGGCAUAAUGGUUAAGGGGAAAAUGCAAUUUGAAACCUAAAACAGUAUUUUUUCUAUUAUCAUUUAAUUCAAAAGCUAAUUAAAAUAAUCAACUCUUCUCAAUUGGGGUAAUUAAGAAAUCAGUUUUUCGGUUGCAAUAGAGGAUCCCUAAUUACUAAUUAUAAGAUAUCUUCAUCAAAAUUUAUUAAAAACAGCUAAAUAUGCAUUAAAAUAUUAAGAAAAUUUUAUUGUUAUUAACUUCAAUCCAAAUAAAACUUUUUAAGUUAAUAUCAACGGAAAUGAUGUUUAAGCAAAAUAAGCUGAUCAAUUCGAUAAUUUUUAAAUACCUAUUUUAAAUUUUUUUGUUCUUGGUGCAAAAUUAACUGAAUAUGAAUCCUUAAGCGAUUCUUUUAGAGGAGAAAUGAGGCUACUUUAUAUUUUAGAUCAAAAUAUCAAUGCAGAAGAUAUGUAUAUUUUAGAGAAGAAAUCAUAGAAUAAUUCAAUUUUAUUUUCAUAGUUACUUAGAAUGUAAAUAAAAGGAAGAAUCUUAUUAUAUUUAAACACUUAGUCUUAAAAGUAAGAUUUAUAAUUUGAUGGACUCUUACAUUAGAAUAAUUAAGUCAUGAUUGAAAAUUGUUAAUAUUUGACAUUGAGAGGUAGAAGAUAGAAAUAAACAACAAUAUCUAAAUUUAUGGGAAAACUUUUUUAAUAAAGGAAAAGCUUAAGUGCUUUAGAAGUUUCUCAUUAAAAGUCAAUAAAUGUGUUAUUUUUAGAAAACACAACUUUACUUGAUGUUAUGAAAUCAUAUGGUAAUUUAGAUAUUCUCUUUUUUCCUUUGCAUAUUUUAAAUGACCCACAAUGUGUAAUUAGUGUAUUAUAAUUACUUAACACCAUCAUUCAAAAGUUUGGUGAUGAUAAUUCAAUUUAAAAUUAUUUGAGGUCUGAUUCUUCUUAUAAAGGCAUUAAAGUUUUAGGGUAUUUAUUAACAGUUCAUAUGAAAACAUAAGGAUGCUCAAUUUAAUUAUUGUAGUAAAUAUUAAAUUUCUAUAAUUCUUUAUUACAAUGUUAAAUAAUUUAAAUAUUAAAGUGUGAUUGCAUGUGUAUAUAUCAUGAAUUUGAAUUUUGGUAAUAUUGUUAAUACGAUAUCUUGCUUUAUCUUUACUCUUAUCUAUUUGAAUAAUUGUAAAACAAUGAAGAAUUGUUUAUUUAUUUUAAAGAUUAAGUAUAGAUAUUGUAUUACAUUUUACAAGUAUAAUUAAUAACUUAUGAAGAGAGUAAAGGAGAUAAGUAAACCCAUAAUUAAACUAGAAAGAUGGUAAUAAAAUGUAUACUUUAUCUUAUGUACAAUCCUUUUUUUAUAAUGUAAUUUAGUAAUGAUUAGAUUCUACCAAUUUAGAUGGAAUUAAGAGAUAAGAAAAACUCAUCAAGUGAGAAGUUAUAAAUCCUUAAAUCUGAAAUUGUUUUGAUAUUAAAUCAUUUAACUUUAAAAACAAUCAAUGAUCUAGUCAUAAUUUUAGGUUUUAUAUUUAAAAAACCAUAAAACAAUUUAAUUUUAGAAUUAUUAACAGAUAUUCGAUUAGGUAAUUCAACAGUUUAAAAGGAAUCAUUGUUAGAUGUGAUGUAAAGUCAAUUUGCUAUGAAAAUGGAAAAUGAUGAUACAAUUUUAUAAACUAUAUUAAAAAUAGUUUAUGGUGUAAUAAUUGAAAUGAUAAAUCAAAAUACUUUAGAUGAUUAAUUAUUAGGUCCAUUAAUGGAUAUUUUAGUAAAAGCUCAAGUGCAUUAAAUAAAUUAUGAAUUUAAAUUGUUAGAACUUUAAUAAAAUAAGAAUUCAUAAUAACAAUAAAAAACUAAAGAAUAUAGUGCUAUAAAAUCCUUAUUCAAUAAAAUAAAUUACAUAAUGUUUGAUUUAAGUAGUUAUUUAAUUUGCCGCUAACAAACAUAUUAAGUUCUAAUUUCUGUAUUAUAUUUAAAUUUAAUUAGAUUAGUUAUCAAAUCUAGUCUUGAGAUAAGAGUUGAAUUUAGAAAAAGAAGUGUUGAAUUUAUUAUUACAAAACUUUUCGAGUUUUAAUAGUGAAACUAAACAAUUGAUAAUAGAUUUUUUUCUUCAGGCUUAACAAUAUAAAUUAUUUAUGAACAAAUUGUGUGAUCAUAAAGAACUUAUGAACUUUAUUAAAGAGUUAAUAAAUAUUGAGACAGGAUAAACAUUAAUAAAUUAUAUUGUAUUACAUCAUAUAGAUAAUAUUGAUUUUUCUGCCAGAAAAAUACUUAAAUUAUUCAAUAUGAUACAAUAACAAAAUAAUUAAUUUAUGAAAGUUAUUUUGACAAUUUUAUUAUUGUAAAAUAAUUCUAGUAAUAAACAAAAUCCAAAAUCAGUAAUUGCAUUGUUAGAUUUAUUUAUGUUGCUUCCAACUGCAUUUACAUAAAAUUAAGAGAUGAUUUUAGAAGAUCCUGAAUUAUUUGUAAAAGUGCUUUAUGAAUAUAUCACUUAUUUAUAAAAAUAAGAUAUGUUGUAUUCCUUUUAUCUUGAUACUGAAUUUAUAGGAUAUUAUGAAUAUGAUCCUAAAUCUUUUUUUUGCUUUUUAUAAAAUGAAGUUUAAAAAAAAUAUAUUUAUUCAAAUGGAGGAGUAAUGGGAGUUGCUUUAUUUAUUUUAUUUUAUUCUUUAGAACUAUUGAUUGAAAGAAAAGAAGCUAAAUAACUAUUGGUAAUUUGGAAGAAAAUAUUGACAGAGAAAGAAAAAUCUGAAUUUCAACAUAAUUCUUAAACUCUAAUAAAUAAUGAGUAAAUUCCUGCUUAAUAAAUAAAACUCAAGAAAAUUAAAAUAAAAUCAUAAAAAUAAACUUUAGUUUAAAAAUUUAAGUAAUCAGUAUUUGGUGAAUACUAAUUAACUUAAUAUGAUAAAUAUUUUUAAGAUAUUCACCUUUAUCAUAUUUUGAAAUUUUAAAUGUUAUCUAAAAAUUAUUCUUAUUCUGAAGAACUUUAUGAUAUAUUCACAUAAAUUCAGUAUAAAUCAGAUAAUUUUAUGAAUUUUCAAUCUCUAUGGUAAAUUGUAGACUCAAAUAACUUUUUAACUUAAGCUGAGAUUUUAUCAACUAAGAUUAAUUUAGAAAAACUAUCUUUAAAUACUUCAGUUGAAGAGAUAAAUGAAAGAGCUUAUCAUCUCAUUACUUAAUUUAAUCAAUAAAGUUAGUAAAUAUAAUAAUCAAUUUAAUUAAAUGGUAGGCUAAGUAAUGAUGCAAAGAAGUUUUUGGAUCUAAUAAAUAAAGUGAAUUCUCCCUUAAAAUAUUUAGAAUUAUUCAAAGAAGAAGAGUAAUUAAUUUAAAAAGCUUCUUUUUAUCUUAAAUUAUAUUCUUUCAGACAAAUUUAAUUUGCAUAAGAAUUAAGUAUAUUUUUAAACAUUUAUUCAUUACAAAAUUAGAAUAUUGAUCAAAUGGAAAUGUCAUCAAUAAAUAUGAAUCUUUAAUAAUCAUCAUUACAAUAAUCUUAGUAUUAAUAAUAAUUGUUUGAUUUUCCUAAAAUAUCAACAAAUCUUUUUAAUUAAUAUAGACAAGAUUUUUUGUAAUAAAUCUAAAAGUUUGAAAAUGAUUUAAUAAUAAAAUAACUAAUAAUUCAAUUUAAAGUUAAAUCACAUUAUAAAUAAAACACACACAAAAGAGGAUUAUGGUAUUUUAUGAAUUAUGGAGAUGCACAUUUAUAUGAAUAAUUGAAUCAUGAAAAUUUGGAAUAAUUUUUAGAGUUAUUAGGAAAAGAAAGAUAUUCAAUAAAUGGUUAUGAAGAUAGUAUGAGAAGAAAAAUGUUUUUAAAAGUUUUUGCCAAGUAAAAAAAGACAUACGAACACAUUUAAUUAAAUAAAACUGCAUUAAGUAUCUUAAGUGAUCUAUAUGGUGUAUAACAAUUAGUUCAAUAGAAGGAUAAAAAUCAAUGCACUUAGAGCAAUGAAAAUCAAAGAUUUGUAGCUGAAUUAAUAACAUAAAGAGGAUUUUAUAGAGGUAAAAUAAGAAUAACAAAUGAAUAUUUUAUGUUUGAAAAUUUUGGUUUGGAUGUUUAAUUUCAAGAAGUUUAAUAUAAAUUUUAAAAGGACAGUUUAUUAAAAUCAGAAAAAUAAAAAUUAAUUCCAUUUUCUUAAAUUAAAGAAGUAUUUCCAAGAAGUUAUUUGGCUUAACCAAUAGCAAUUGAACUAUUUACAAAUAAUAACAAGACUUAUUUAUUUAAUUUAUUUGGGUAAAGACAAAUUGUGAUGAAAAUUUUAUCAUAAAACUGUAAUGUAAUAAUGAAUCCAAGUGAAUAGUUAAAGAAGAGUGGUAUAAUAGAGAAGUGGAAGAGAGGGGAUAUAACAAAUUUUUAAUAUUUAAUUGAAGUAAAUAAAUAUGGAGGGAGAACUUAUAAUGAUUUAAAUUAGUAUCCAAUAUUUCCAUGGGUAAUAGCAAAUUAUGUAGAUUUCGAUAUUUAAAAUAAGGAUCACUAUAGAAAAUUAGAUAUUCCUAUAGGAGCAAUCAAUUAAAAGAGAUUUGAGAAUUUCUUGGAGAGAUUUAAGUAGGCAAAUCCAGAUGAUAUGAAUAUGUAUUUUAUUUAUGGAACCCAUUAUUCACAUAGUGCUAUAGUAAUGAGUUUUCUAAUGAGAAUGGAGCCAUUCGCAUCACUUCAUUAAGAGAUGUAAUCUGGAAGAUUUGAUAAAGCAGAUAGAUUAUUUCAUUCUUUAGAAUAGUAAUGGCAUUCAGUUACAAAUUCAAGCAGUGAUGUUAAAGAGUUAAUUCCAGAGUUUUAUUAUUUUAGUGAAUUUUUAAAGAAUAAGAAUAAAUUUGAUUUAGGAUAACUUCAAUCGGGAACUAUAGUAAGUGAUGUAACAUUGCCAUAAUUUAUUAAUACUAAUAGUCCUGAAGAGAUGAUAUUUUUAAAUAGAUUAGUUUUAGAAAGUGAUUAUGUAAGUUUUAAUUUACAUAAUUGGAUUGAUUUAAUAUUUGGAUAUAAGAGUGGAUUGAAUGCUUAGAAAUAUAACAAUUUAUUUCAUCGAUUAACUUAUAGUAGCUAUGUUUAGUAAUUACUGGAGAAGACUGAAGAUGAAGUUUUGAAAGAAUAAUAUAUCACUUAAGUUUAUUAUUAUGGAUAAACUCCUUAAUAAUUAUUUAAAAAAGAUCAUCCAAUAAAAUAAUAUUCAAAAUAGAAUGAUUAAAAUCCAAUAUUGAAAUUUUAAUAGAUUACACUUAUGAUUAACAAAGUUAAUAUUGAAAUUGAACAACUAUAUUGUAAUGAUAAAUACCUAGUAUUGAUAACAAAUGAAUCAGAAAUUCAAGUUUUUAAUGUAGAACAUAGAAUAACUAGUCAUAAAAUACCUAAAGAUUUUGGAAGUCAAGAAUCUAAAUAAUUAAAGUUUAAUCCAGAUAAUAUUUUUUUAUUAUUUGAUGAUUCUUUAGUUGUAGCUGGAUAUGCAGAUAAUUCUGUAAAAGUCUAUUCCCUUAAAGAUCUCAAAUAAACAUGUUCUGUUUCAUUCCAUACAAAAGUUGUAACUUGCUUAGGUAAAAGUUCAACAUAAUUAUUAUGUGGAAGCAGAGAUACAAGAAUAUCUGUUUGGGAAUGGACUUUAUCACAUUAACCAGAAUUUAUUUUGUAUGGACAUCAAAAUGAAGUCUCAAUAAUCUAAGUUAAUUAAACUCUUCAAAUUAUUUUAAGUUAUGAUCUUAAAGGAGAUAUUUUAAUACACACUCUUAAGGGUGCAUUUCUAAAAUUAAUUGAAACAUCUAUUCCUUAUAAUGACUAUCCUUAGAUAAAAAUUCAUCCUUCUGGAUUUAUUUUAAUUUCCUAAUCCAAACAAUUAAUUAUUUAUACUUUAUAAGGUGAAUUAUUCCUUUCAAGAUAAUUAUUGGAUCAUAUAAUAACAAUCAAUGUCAUCAAUGAAUAUUCCCCUGAAAUUGUAUUUUUUUUAUAUAUAAUUUUUUAGUUAAUCCUCACUUAUGAUGGCACUAUUUUCGUUACCUCUAUUAUCUAAUUAAAAAAGACUGAAGAUUUUAAUUAGUAUUGUCUUAAAAAAUACAAAUUAGAGGAUAUGGAUAUCAAAAUGGAAACAAAUUAGUUGAGAAAAGCUAAAGAAUUAAUUAACACCAAAAGUUUAGAAUUCUUAACUUCCUCAAUCACAUGCAGCUAAUUUAUCUAACGUAAAAUUAAACUUAUUUUUAAAUAUAGUUAAUACACAUAGAGUUCUUAUUAUUGGUUACCAAAAUGGGUAAAUUAUAUCAUUGUAUGAAUAACCAAGAACAACUAGUUUAUUAUGA